CCCCCAACUUCUCACCCCAAAAACACUCCCACCCAGCUCCGGUGACCCGGACGUCCAGGUAGUGACCGAUGGGACGUGGGACGAACUUCGGUCUCGGACGUGGCCGAGUUCGUCUCGUCUCGUGGCCGCCCAGCCCGUUGCGGCUUGACGUCCUUCGUCUGACUGCCCAUCUCGAUCCUGUUCUCCCAUGGCGCAAGACGCGGGCGUGCCAGUGGUCGAAGAAGCCAAGGAGUGGAAAGGCGCCACUGGAUCCGACGACGAGGGCGAUGCCGACGAGCAUGCGACCUCCUCGUUUCGGGCGCGGGAGAGGCGGCUGUCGAUGGCGGAGGAGGUCCGCAAGGAAGAGCAAAUCAUGGGUGACACGCAAGUGGAGGUGGUGAAGCAGCAAGACGAGUGGAAGGGUGGAGACGAUUCCGAGGAGGAACAGGCCGAGCCCGUCGAGCGCACGGCUCAACGAAGGGCCUCGGAGUCCUUCGAGAAGAGAGAGAGCCGAAUACAGCAGGGCGCCUUGGUGCGCUCGAGCUUCAGCCAGAGUGAGCCGAGCGUGAUGUCCUUCGAGCAAACUGGCCGAGCAGCCGCGAGCACGCGGGACUCAGACAGAUGUAGCGAUCGAUGCACCAAUAUGUGUGUGCUGGCGUAGGGUGGAGGGUGGGAAC